AUACGUGGGAAAAUACGCGUUUUUAAGCAUGUAUGGGCAUUACCAUUUUUUUAGGCAUUACGUGCGGCCAGCCUAACGCACAUCUUCCUGGAGUGUCCAGCGCAGGCGAGGACGUGGCUGCAGCAGCUGUGGGCCUGCGUUGCGCCCCAGGCAGCGGCGCCGCCAGUGACGGACGCGGGCUUCAUGCUGGGGGACCGCAUGGGUAUGUGGGCCUCAGGCCCGCGGGGGGCGGGCGCGGUGCUGUGGAGCACUUUGCGGACCACCUUCUUAUACGCCGUCUGGUGUGCGUACUGGUCCACUACAACCACUACGGCGCAAACUUCGCAGCCUGGCUGGCGCGCAGCUUUCGCUGCCGCAUCGACGACGAGCUUCGCGAGGUGGGGCAGGCGGAGGUGGGGCCGGCAGAGGUGGGGCAGGCGGAGGCGGCGGGGCAGGAGGCGGGGCAGGAGGCGGGGCAGGAGGCGGGGCAGGAGGCGGGGCAGCGUGCAGCGGCGCAGCUGACCACCACGGCGGCGCAGCAUUUCCACAAUAACCCGGUGGCUCUGGACCCCUGGCUCCACCGCACCUCUGCGGCAGCCGGGCUGCAGAACACGCCGCUCCGUACUCCAGCCACGGAAAAGCUGGACAAGCUGGCAUGGAGCAUGGCGCAUGCCGUGCUCUACGACGGCGAGUUAGAGCAGCCGCGCUGGUGGGUGGGUUGGGCCCAGGGCGCCGCCGCGCAAGCCGCGGGCGCGGCGGCGGCGGCGGCGGCACAGGGCGCCGGCCCUGCGGGCGGGUCCGCCGCCGCGCAAGCCGCGGGCGCGGCGGCUGCGGCGGCGGCACAGGGCGCCGGCCCUGCGGGCGGGGCCGCCGCCGCGCAAGCCUGGACCGCCCUCGUUGACUACGUCAACACCCAGCGUGCGUCGAAAAGGGCCGCAGAGCUGUUGCUGUGGGAGGUCAAGGGGGCGCAGGCCACGUACAAGAAGGCCAGCACGCGGCACAUGGAAUGGGCCGCGGAGAUUCUCGCAGGCCUUGAGGCACGCCGCGAUCAGCUGGGGGCGCAGGUGCAGCAACUGACGCAGGCGCAGCCGUUGACGCGAGAGGACACGCAGCGGCUUGCGUCCUUGCGCCGGGAACUGCAUCGCGCUCGUCCGUUCACGCUGACCCCCAGCCCCUCCUUCGCGCCGAUCUAUGUGCCCCUUGACAACACGUCCAUGGCCCGCCUUCCUGGGCUGCUGCCCACCCUGGCAAGGCGCCAUGGCGAGGUCUUCGCCGGUGCAGGCGCGGGCGCCGUGGCACCCUCCUCGUUUGUCCAGGCCGCGUUUGGCGGCGGGGGCAUGCAGUCGUCUGCCACGCUGAACGCCGUCGGCUGGGGCCUGUUCCAGCUCGGGGGUGUGACCUCCCGCAACGCCCCCUUCGCCAACUACAUCACCACGGACGGGGUGGCCUGCAGCGUGGCGCGAGAAGCGCACAACAAGCCGCUGGCCAACUUGAAGCCGGCGACCGCGCCCGCCGAUGCGGAGGAGCUGUGCACCCUGGAGGAGAUGAAGGCCACGCAGAUCAUCGGUGUGGACCCGUGCGGGGGAGGGAAUUGGUUCAUGGCAGCACGGUCUCCGCUGUACCAGCCAGGGCCCUGGGCUUGGGAGGGUGUCAGCCCUGCCCAGCGCUCCCUGCUCGAGCUGCACGACAAGCAGCUGGAUCUUGCGCCAGCCCUGCAGGAGUACGUCGGCGGCAUCCCCACGGCGGCGACCGCGUCGGCGGCCCGGUUUGAAGAGCGCCUGCGCUACCUCUUCGUCAGUGGGGCGGCAGGGCAGGCGGCGGGGCAGGAGGCGGGGCAGGCGGCGGGGCAGGCGGAGGCGGCGGGGCCGGCAGAGGCGGGGUCCCGGGGCGCGUUGCACGUGCUGUGGCACUACCACGUCUCCGCCUUCCGCCGAAAGCGCUGGGCUGCGUUCAUCCAGCGCGACCGCGCGCUCCACCGCGUCGCCAAGCAGCUCACGGGCGGCAGGCCCAAGGAGGAGGUGGUGGUGGGGUGGGGUUCGUGGGCCUUCCAGGGAGGGAAGGGCGGCUCCCCCAUCUCCGUCAGGGGCGGGCGCGCGCCGACGGGGCGGCUCAUCAAGCUGCUCCGUGAGCGCUACGCCAAGCAUGUGUUCAUCAUCGAUGAAUACAAGACCUCCAAGACCUGCUACAACUGCGGGUGUCAGGAGAUGGCCAUCAAGCGGCUUGGGGGGCUGAAAGAGGGGCAGCAGCCCUGGUCGGUCAAAGUCUGCAACGACUGCUUGACGACCUGGAACAGCGACGUCUCUGCCGCCAACGUGAUCCGUGUGCUCCUCCUUAUUUUUUUGAGGAAUCAUCCUUACAAGGUUGAACAGGGGCAGACGCGCUGCCCCCCUGCUGCCUGAAAGCAGCCUGGUCCCCGAGACCAGAACCCUGACAGGGCAAGAAGAGAAGAGAAGAGAAGAAAACCAGAAAAC